CUUCACGCUGGUUCAGUAGAAAUCGCGAAGGGCUCUCGGCAGGACAAUCACUCAAUCCGCUCUCGAUUUGCCGGCCGAUCGCGGUUUCCAGCGACAGACAGUGUGUUGUUGCUACAGUGCGCGUGUUUGCUUGUGCCGACAGGUGGAUGCUGCUGCACUGAGUGUGGGACAGUUUGCUCGUCGGCCGGACAGCUCGCAGGAAUCGCACCCUUCCACCCUGGCAGCCUCAACUGCAGCGAAUACGGCGCAGCCGCUCUUUACGGCGCAACACAUGUUGAUUCACGACGAACAGCCGCAGCCGCUGGACUUUUCGGUCGGCGCCAUGAAGAAGAAGGUCAAGCCCCACAAGGUCAACAGCUCGCCGGACGGCUUGACUGGACAGCACCUCCACAACAACAACAACAACAACAAUAACAACACGACGCCGCCGCAACUCAGGCACCUGCAGCGAACGAUCCACCAACACCACCAUCAACUGUCCGUUGUCGCAGCCCCCGGACGCGUUGUCCACUCGUGUUCCUCCAGCUCGGACGAGGACAAUGGUCCCGGCUCGUCGUCCUCCCCAAGAGACCAGAUGAGUGAUAAAAGCUGGCUCAACGACGCGAACGAUUCCUGGAGACAGGAUAUUGUGGUCAAAGAUGAGGAUGCAGCGGCCAAAGCGAUGCUGCAAGCCAGGCUCGGCAUAAGCAUGACCGAGCCGAUCAUAACCAGAAUGGAAAGAGAUAACAUGUCUUCGUCUUCACCCAGAGGUCACUUAAACGGAGGCGCGUGCAGUGAUGACGAAGAAGACGAAGAAAUGCGCAGCCACAGCAGAGGGUCCGUUCACAGUGACGCCGCCCCUGGACAAACCCUCGCAAUCAACGAGGAUUCCACAGACUCAGACCGUGGAGGAGCCCUCAACCUGGUGACGGACUCGUCGCACCGCAACUCGACGGCCAACAGCUCCCCGGUCUCGCCGUCCACCAGCUGCAGGACCACUCCGCCGCUGUCCGGCGCCGCAGAACGCAACCUACACGCAGCCCUGAAUGCCAUCCAAAGCGCAUCCUUAUCACAGCUGAUGAACUUGGGCGCUCCUAAUCACGUAACGAUGCUGCAAAACCAACUUGCAGCAAUCUCAACCCUCCAAAGUAGCAGCAGUGCGGCGGCCGCUUUUAGCAACCUGCAGAACGCCGAUCAACUGCAGGCCUUACAACAUGCGCUUAGCCAGCAUCAGCACAGCCUGCAGCAACAGUUGCAACAGUUUGUCCUUUUCCAACCUGGCGGAGCGUCUGCUGCCUCUCCGCAGGCACAAUUUUUCUUGCAGAAUCAGGGUUUGGUACCUCAUCAGGGCUUCUCUAAUCCUCAACCUAUGCACUCACAUCGUAAUCAGAAUCACGCUAAAGCUAUGCAGAGUAUGCAAGCAAUAGCGCAGGCAGCGCAGCAGUUGCAGCAGAUCCAGAAGCACCGCUCGCCCCAGCAGCCGCAGCAGGGCAGCACCCCGCAAACCCUUCCCGGCUCCAGGAGCUCCACGGCCCCUCCCCACCUCCCACAAGCGGCCACGGCCUCGCCGCAGCAGCAGCUGGCCGCCGCAGGGGGCAGUCCAGCGCACACGCACGUUCCCACUGUGGCAUCGGCGCUUCACGCGGCCACCAAGGCGGCCGCCACCAUGCAGGCUGGCGGCGGCUCUCUGCUCGACGGGGUUAAUGAAGAAACCACCGACCUCGAGGAACUGGAACAGUUCGCCAAGACCUUUAAGCAGCGCAGGAUCAAACUCGGUUUCACCCAGGGAGAUGUGGGUUUGGCCAUGGGCAAGUUGUACGGCAACGAUUUCUCCCAAACGACAAUCUCGCGUUUUGAGGCGCUCAACCUGUCCUUCAAAAACAUGUGCAAGCUGAAGCCGCUGCUGCAAAAGUGGCUUGAAGACGCCGACAGCAGCAUGUCCAACCCAAACUCGCUCAACAACCCGCUGACCACGCCAGAAGCAAUUGGUCGGCGCAGAAAGAAAAGGACUUCCAUCGAAACCAGCGUCAGGGUGGCCCUGGAAAAGGCGUUCAUGCAGAAUCCAAAACCGACCUCUGAGGAGAUCGCAAUGCUGGCAGAGAGUCUGUGCAUGGAGAAGGAAGUCGUGCGUGUCUGGUUUUGCAAUAGGCGGCAGAAGGAAAAGAGAAUAAACCCUCCUGCCUCAGGCAUGGUCAGCCCGCCACUGAGCGGCCACUGCGGCAACGGUGGCCACGGCGGCAACGGUGGCAACGGCGGCCCAGGCGGCCACUCCGCCAACAUUUUGGCCGCCGCAGCCGCCUCACUGAGCUCCAGUCUGAGCCCGACGCAGUCACCACGCGGCCUGCACCACAGCAUGCACUCGCCAUUGGCGCUCAUGAGCCACUCAGUGUUCGGCUCGGCCAGCAGCCCUACGUCGGUGAUGCACCCAAAUCCGCCAUCGAACCAGUCCUCGAGCGACUGAGAGCGGGCCCCCGGAGGCGACCCCACGCCCCCGGCCUGGUCCUGCGGCUACAUUCCGCGCAUCCCCAAAGGCACCCUGUUGUUCAGUCAAGCGCCCAGCAAGUAGGAUGCGCAACAAACCAAAGUAACGGUCCGACCGCCGACUAAAGAGAGACAAAAAGAAACGUUGAGGUGUGCGUGUUGGUGCGUGUACAUAACAACCUAGGUAAAUGUGUCAGACGUAGUGAAUGUUUUUGGAUUAAGAGACAAUUUUAGAGGCUUAAAUCAGCACUAUUGAGCAAAGUGCCGUCUGGUAGCUCAGUGCUGCUUUUCACGCAGAUUGCGAUGGGAUUUUUUCGUAUAUAUCAGCUGUGGCUGGGAAUUUAAGUCGGCUACUCAAAUACAGAGUUGUGGCUAAUCAGACACCUUCAAAAUAACUUUCUUGUCUAUGUAGUGGAAGAAUCAAUCACGUUAAGAGUACUUUGGGCACAAAUCAUCUUACCUGAGCACAUUCAUGAUAUUUUCUGUUGAAUCAAGUGAUAUGCUUCCACUAUGGAGAAAAUUCUAUUCUGAAACUGUGUUCCAUCAAUUUUAUACCCCAUCUAUGCCAAAGUAAUAGACUAACGAAACAGAUGGAACCAAAUCUUUCAAAAACUUGCAAGUUUUAUUUUGAAUUUGUCAACAAACUGGCAGUUGAUAUUUUUUCGUCAAUUGGUACUUUGUGAGUUUUUUUAGCCCUCCAACUCCAGUAAUAUACACAAAUAUAUGCACCUAUUGAAUUUUUGUAGUUUCAUGGGUAAACGUUUCUUGAAAAAUUUUUACACUAUAUUCUGAUUGUUUUUUAAUUAUUAGUUAUUGUUUGCUCCAGCCCAAGUAGGCCGCGGUUCAUUUUGGGCUCAAUGAGUCAAUUUUUGGGCCGCAAUACAAUUCUAAAGUAACACCUGGUGGAUUCAAGCAUCGCCAAUCUGGGUUUGACUCGUUAAGGCCAUUACGCAGAGGACACUUAAAUUCCCAGCUGAAUCAAAAGUUUUAGUAUUUUAACUCCAAGACUGCAGUUAUUUCCUGAACCUGCACUAGUGCACUCUUAUAUUUAAUUUGUAAAUAUUCUCCACUCCAGGUCUUAUUUAAGAUGCUUUUCUUCUCAUUCACAUUCCACUUUUGUUUUUGUCCCGAAUGAUGAAUGUUGUCGCAGUUAAAUUAUUGAAGGCGUAAAAUAUUGUGUAGGAAAGUGUUUCUCCCCCAAAAUAGUGGACCCAAAGAUGAGUCAUAUUAAAUGUAAACUCACCAAGGAAUAUCAUGACGGAUCUCAAGAGGUGAACUAUUUAAGAGAAAGUGUUUUGUCGUAUCCUGUUGGGCCUUGUCACAUCAUCCAACUGAUUUACAGAGCGCAAGGUCCAACAAAAGCCGCGUGUUUAUCAUUAUAAGCAUCGUUGAGUUCCUAUCCUGAUUAAACACUGCCUCCGAUUGGAGGCUGGUAUACUUGUAUAAAUUUGUACUAAAGCUAUCAAUAAAAUUAGUGUGUAAAUUAUGCAAAAAGAUGCUACGUAAUUGUGGUGGAUUGACCCAUAUCAAAAAGUCUCACAAAAAGGGUCAGAGAGUAAAAUCAUGUUUUCACGUCUUGUGAUUAUGCAACUAAUUGUUUUGUUCCACUCAAUGGAUCUUGUCAAUGUAUUUUUAAUAAAAAGCGAGAUGGAGGGAAAAUAUAACACAGACAAUGCUUCCGUGUACAAUAAAUUUCCGAAAAAGUGAAGAUGUACGCUUUUUUAACAGUUGGAAAAGCUGCAAUUACGAAAAUCAUAUCUGGGCACUCUGUACCAUUAUAAAGAGAGCAUACACAUAUGCUAGAGGUAUAACACUAAAGUGGAUAAAACAGUUGUAAAUGUUAUAGAAGGACAAGAAUAAAUGUUUUAAAAUUAUAUAUUAUCUACCUCAAUUUCUAUGUACAUAGCAGGCAAGCAUCACUUUUCCAGCAUUAGUUGAACAAAGACCCAAAAUGAUUGUACUAGAUGAUUGCGAUUUAUUUCAUUUUAUCAUUUCACAAUUGCUACGAAGCAUUACUAAAAUGUGCACGUUUGAACGUUAAUUUGAACAAGUCAUAAAAUGGGUUCGAAAUGAAAAAUCUCAUUGUGCUAAGAAGGUAGAACUUCCUAUUUUGGUUGGGAUAAUGACCAAAACAGGUGCUUCUAAUUUUGUAUCACUUUUGUUCAAAAGCAAUUUUUAUUGUUAAAUAAUAAAAUAUUAAUGAACUAUAAAA